AUGUCUACUCUACCGCCAAUUCCAGCGGUAUUUGAAUCGCGCAAGAACAAAAUUGUCGAGGAAUUGGCUAUUCCAGAUGAAGAAUACACAGAUGCAUCGCCAAAAGGCUCAGUUGAUGAGGGAGUCCGCGAUUUGAUCCGCGAUAUCAAUGCCCUGCCUGGUCUAGUGACCACUAGUAGCUGUGCAGGCCGAAUCAGUGUAUUCUUGGAAGGACGAAAGAAGAGUUCAUCUACUUCGCAGCUGGAGGAGACUCAAAGGCAAUCAAAAGAACCAACUGAGUCCCUGGAUCAGCAACAAAGACAGUUCGUCCCUACUGGCGGGAAGGGCGCUGGUCGCUGGCUUUAUGUUUCCCAUGACCCAUUUGUGCGAUCUGCCACUGAAUCUGAUGGCUCCGCUUCCACAUCUUCUGAGAAGUCUCCUUUCCCAUUACAUGAGCAGUUUGGAUUGACACCUGGAAAUGGAAAACCACCUGUUGGAAAGGCGCUGCGACUUGUUCGCUUUCAUUUCGAUCCCCUGAUCCUCCAUAUCAUGACUGCCACUUUACACCACGCUCAACCUGUUCUAUCGGCUGCAUCUGCCUCUGGUUUCCGGGAAAGUGGUCUCCAAGGUCUACGUUGUUUGGAAGGCGAGGACGGACCAAGCCCUGUUGUUGCCGUUCGUUCAUCUGGUCUAUCAUUGGAAUCUGUGAUUGGGUACUGCGAUGACAAAGAUGGGACUAUCGAAGAUCCUGUUAUCCAAAGUCUGGUUACAGAAGAGUAUCUGGAUAUGCUGAUUGCGAUGUCAAAUGAACGCUUCAGUGUGAAUGCCGAACGAAGAGAAAGAUUCCGUGUCGGCCUUCUAGAUGCCUAUACGCCUGGUCAGACUGGAAGAGGCAAAGGCAAACCCGCAGACUGGGAGGAUCCAGCUGUGAGACGAGAGAGGAAAAAGAUGGAAGGAUUAAUGAGGAAGAAGCUUAUCGAGGCCCAGAAAGACCAGGAAUCUACGUUGCAUAAAUCGGAAUAG